ACUGCUAUUCUUUUUCUUUCUAUUUAAUCUGAAACAUCAGCCUUCCUUGCUACAGCGUAGCAUAGUUGGUCAAGUUCAGUUUAUUGAUCCAAAUGAUCCCUAAAUCUUGGUGCUGCUUGCUUGGCCAAUUAUUCCUACCUUAUGCCCAUGCUGCUGCUCUAAGCUUUAUAUCUCAUACCAUGCCCUUAGGAGAUGUAAAAAUAAUCAUCUGUUGGCGAGUUGAAAAAUUAAAUAUGGAUUAGGUCAGAAGCAGCCAGCAUUCAUAUCAUCUGCAAAAGAACUGUUUCAAUGUUUAAUAUAAUGUGCUGCCAUUUUAUUUAAAUGGUUUUUAAUAUCUCAGGAUAUAAAUUAGGACAAUCAUGAACAGAUUAUAUUCUGGUUCACCCUCAGUUUGCGAUGUUUAAAUCGUGGCCAACUGUGAGUCAAAAGCUGUCUACGCAUCAAUUAAAUUUAUUUUAAAUUGUGUGGGAAAGGGUAUCCAAACCUCAGAUGUUGCGGUCGACUGUGAGGAGGACCACUUUGCUUCAGAGGACAGCCAAGAUUCUAGAACCUGGUCAUGUCAAGGGUCUCAUUAUGGGAGGGAUUCUGGAACCUCUGAACCAAUCACACCCUUUUUCCAAGAGGAGGGUUAAGUGGAAGGCCUGGCAGCUCUUUGUGCUGCCUCCCCCCACCUUGAAAAAAUGGAUGAUGCCUCUGCUUCGGCGGGGUACUCCCACCGCCACAUGGAGAGGAAGAUGAGUGCGAUGGCUUGUACAGUCUUCAACGAACUUCGACUGGAAGGGAAGCUCUGUGACGUGAUCAUCAAGGUCAAUGGGUGCGAGUUCAAUGCGCACAAGAACAUCCUCUGUAGCUGCAGCUCCUAUUUUAGAGCUCUGUUUACCAGUAGCUGGAACAACUCAGAGAAGAGAGUAUAUAAUAUUCCUGGCAUAACCCCAGAUAUGAUGAAACUCAUUAUCGAAUACGCCUACACGAGGACAGUGCCCAUCACCGUGGACAAUGUGGAGAGGCUUCUUGUGGCUGCUGACCAAUUUAAUGUGAUGGGCAUCGUCAGGGCUUGUUCUGACUUCAUGAAAUGCCAGCUGUGCCUAGAGAAUUGUAUUGGUAUCUGCAAAUUCACAGAGUACUACUUCUGUCCGGAGCUGCGGCAGGCGGCCUAUAUGUUCAUCUUGCACAACUUUGAGGAGAUGGUAAAAGCGUCUACUGAAUUCCUGGAGCUCUCGGUCAAUGAGUUUAAAGACAUCAUUGAAAAGGACGAACUCAAUGUGAAACAGGAAGACGCCGUCUUCGAGGCCAUCCUCAAGUGGAUUGCCCACGAUCCCACAAACCGAAAGCAGCACAUGGCAGUCCUGCUCCCUAAGGUACGCCUGGCCUUGAUGCAUGCUGAAUAUUUUAUGAACAAUGUCAAAAUGCAUGACUAUGUGAAGGAUAGCGAGGAGUGCAAGCCCAUUGUUAUCGACGCCCUGAAAGCCAUGUACGAUCUCAACAUGAACGGACCAUCUAGCUCCGACUUCACCAACCCGCUGACAAGACCCCGUCUGCCGUACGCCAUUUUGUUUGCCAUUGGCGGCUGGAGCGGUGGGAGCCCAACCAAUGCCAUCGAAACGUAUGACGCCCGUGCAGACCGCUGGGUGAACGUCACGUGCCAGCAGGAGAGCCCCCGGGCAUACCAUGGUGCCGCAUACUUAAAGGGCUAUGUCUACAUCAUUGGGGGUUUUGACAGUGUGGACUACUUCAACAGCGUCAAGCGAUUUGAGCCCGUCAAGAAGACGUGGCACCAGGUUGCACCCAUGCACUCACGACGCUGUUAUGUUAGUGUCACCGUCCUUGAUAACUUCAUCUAUGCCAUGGGUGGCUUUGACGGCUAUGUGCGUCUCAACACAGCUGAGAGGUAUGAGCCCGAGACCAACCAGUGGACCUUGAUAGCCCCCAUGCAUGAGCAGAGGAGUGAUGCAAGUGCUACAACCCUGUAUGGAAAGGUCUAUAUAUGUGGUGGGUUCAACGGAAAUGAGUGCCUGUUCACAGCAGAAGUGUAUGACGCCAAGAUUGAUCAGUGGAGCUUGAUCGCACCCAUGAGAAGCAGGCGAAGCGGCAUUGGCGUGAUAGCGUACGGAGAACACGUCUACGCAGUGGGCGGAUUUGACGGAGCCAACCGCCUUCGGAGCGCAGAAGCUUACAACCCCAUUGCCAACACCUGGAGGACCAUCCCAACCAUGUUCAACCCUCGGAGCAACUUUGGCAUCGAAGUGGUGGACGACCUGCUCUUUGUGGUGGGUGGCUUCAACGGCUUCACAACAACGUUCAACGUUGAGUGCUAUGAUGAGAAGACGGACGAGUGGUACGACGCCCAUGACAUGAGUAUCUACCGCAGUGCCCUGAGCUGCUGCGUGGUGCCAGGGCUGCCCAACGUUGGGGAGUAUGCUGCCAGGCGGGACAACUAUGUGGGGUCAGCUCAGAGAGAUGAGGUCAAGUACUCCUCAUCCACAAGUACACUACCUGUGUGAAAAGCUCUCCUUGACUAAUAAAGCCCUCUAGCAAGAACUAUAUGCACAGGUGGAUUCACCUUUUUUCUCCCCCUCCACCUUAAGCUGUGAGACUGGUCCUUAUAGGUGAGCUGGUGGCAUAUGUCCCUCCCCUGCCCAGGAACGUAACCAAUCCCAUUCUUUCAUCUUUUAGGAAGUUAUAGAGCUGACCUAUAGGAUAUGAACAAAGAUGUUGAUAACAGUGAUGGGAUUCAGAGAAGAGCUACAAAGGGGAUAGAGGGAUUUGCCAUUUGUGCUGCUAUUGCUCUGACGCACAAAAAAGAGUAGUAGGGGAGGACUCUCAAAGCACUCGGAAAUGUUAAAAAGCAUGCCAAGGCUACUACUAGGAAAAAGUUGAUUGUGGUUUAGUCUUGCUUUAUAUGUAUCCUUUGAUAUAGCUCCUACCCUCCACUCUGCCAGAUGAAGAGCCGUUUGUAAGUAGAAAGCUUGCAUAUUCCUGCCGCAAUAGAAACUGAUCGAAUAAAACCCAUUCAGCCAGACUA